UCGGGAUCUAUCAGUUUACGCCGUGCUUUACUCACAACAGGACUAGUUUACUGAAUCUCUGUGUGCUGAAAGUGGUGGAUAGCUACACCGUAAGAAUGUCAAAGAAGAGUGUUAGUUUGCUCUUCAUUGUAUUAUCGCUGUUAAUAGUUUGCGAUGGAACUCCAUUAUUUGCUAUCUCCGCCGGAACGAACGAUUCCGCUGAACCGACCAAGCCGGAUUUUUUCCAAAAACUGGGUGAACAAUGCAGAAAUAACACUGGUUCCGAUGAUGCCUUCAUGGCAUUAAUGCAAUCGUUUGAAAAUGUCUCAAGAUGUGUGCUAAAAUUCGACGUAGAGAGCUUUAAGACCGAUUUUGAGCAGCUAACGAAUGCAACACGAACAGCAUUCUUUACCAAAUACUGCUCUGAAGCGCGACCACUCAUCUCUUGUUUGGAUGGUGUACUAGUUAGUUCGAGGCCUUGCCUCAUGGAAAGUGGAUUCAAAAUUAUAAAGGUAUUUUUUGAAAGUAUACCGGAAGCCUUGGACCUAAUGUGUAAAAACGAUGGAGAAAUCAUAUUCAGAAUGAAAGACGAGACUCGCAAAAAGUGCUUCGCGCAGAAAGGCGAUCAAUUGCAGGCGUGUGUUAACACAUUUACGAACAGCACGAUAUGGAAUGAUGAUUGGAACAUCGAACUGACGCCGGAAAAAUGCAGCACACUUGCGAGCUACAGAGAGUGUUUGAAGGACCAAAUGGAUGCGUGUGACUUAUCAGAUAUUAUAAGCCUCUACGAUGUGUCCAUGAAUGCAAUGCUGCGUCUGACACCUUGUGGUAACAAUACGGAGGAGUCAACGGUUGAAACGCACCAGGACAAAACGACUGAUGAGGUUUAAAACAAAGAGCACCGGUACAGGGUACAGAGUCGGUGUGAUCCGGCACAAUUGUUGAAGCUAACUUAAAGCAUAUUCAACGAAAGGAAACAAUAAACGAGACUCGAAAGUUCAAGAUCAAAUGUAUUCAAUUGAUCCAGGAGAACAAUUUGGAUGAUUUGAAUAAAUACAUAAUUUCCUAAAU